AUGUACUAUGUCAAAAAAUAUGAACACAAAAUAUUAGGAGAUACACUUCGAUUUUUAGGUUUUACAAUUAAGUGGGGAAUUCAUGAAAAUGGUUAUUGGCUAGCAAACUUUAAUUAUUCAUUUGAUUAUAUAUUAUCAAAUUUGAUCAUAAAAUAUUUUAAGGGGAAAAAUGUAAAAACAGUUUUAGAUAUGGGAUGUGGGCCUGGACAUUACGUGAACGAAUUGAAUUUUCAUAAAAUAUGGUCCGUUGGGAUUGAUGGAAAUCAUAAGCUUGUUGGGUCGUUGAAUAAUGAGAAGAUACACAGCCUUGAUGCGACGGAUGAAAACUUUAUCCACAAACUUAUAAGCAAAAUACAUAAUUCAAUGAAAGCAGAAAAUGAAAAAAAAAAUAAAUCAUUAGUAAAUAUUAAAGUUAUGAAUAUUCCCUCAAAAAUAUUAACAUUUGAUUAUGUGUUAUGUUUAAAUGUUGGAGAAUAUAUUCCACAGAACAAAGAAAAGAAAUUUAUUGAAAAUCUUGAUCGAGCAAAUAGCAAAGGAAUAAUAAUUUCAUGGGAUAUACCAGGAACUUUUAAUAUAGGAACAAUUAAUGAAAAACGUGGAGAAGAAUUAGUUGAAAUAUUUAUAAAUAAUUAUAAUUAUAAGUAUGAUGAAAAAAAUAGUAAAUUAUUUAGAGAAAACUGUAAUAAUAAUUCUUUUAAAAAGUGUUUGUACAUUUUUGAAAAAAAAAAUAUAUCCCCUCCGUCUUUGCAUACAUAA